AUGGCAGAGAAAGAGUUGCCGGGCGUUUUGAUUCUGGAUGUAGGAGGAACUCACGGCGUGCUAGAAAACCUUGCAGCCCUUCUGAAGAGACACUUUCACAUCAUCACCAUGAAGGAGUUUCUUGAAAACAAGAAGGAAAUGGGCAAAAAAAUCCAAUCUGUUUUCGUGUUUGAGUGCAGGCCAACUAUUGACAGGGAACUUCUAGAAAGCCUGCCCAAUUUGAAAGUAAUUGGAAACUCUGGGGUUGGAGUCGAUCACUUAGAUUUGAAAAUGAUUUCCAACUUUGGCGUAAAAGUGACCAACACGCCACGGGCCGUGGCGGACCCAACAGCAGACAUAGGAACGGCCUUGAUGCUGGCCUCUGCCAGAAGAAUAGUAGAAGGCAGCCAGAUUGCGGUUUCUCCAGACACGAAGCAUUUUGCUGUCGACUGGCUCGGAGUGGAAGUGACCGGAGCGACGCUCGGGAUCAUCGGGAUGGGCAGCAUUGGGUACAAGGUGGCUCAGAGAGCCCGAGCCUUCAACAUGAGGAUCCUGUACCAUAACAGGAACCGGAGAAGAAAAGAGGAGGAAGAGGCAGUCGGCGCCCGCUACUGCGAGAAGAUGGAAGACCUGCUGCAGCAAUCUGACUUUGUCAUGUUGGUCGUGAACCUGACUCCUGAGACUCACAAACUCAUUGGGAAGAAGGAGCUGGGGCUGAUGAAACCCACAGCUACUCUUAUAAACAUCAGCCGAGGCGCAGUCGUUGAUCAAGACGCGCUGGUAGAAGCUCUGCAGAAGAAGGUCAUCAGGGCUGCUGCUCUGGACGUGACAUACCCUGAGCCUCUGCCAAGAGAUCAUCCUUUAUUAAAAUUAAAUAACAUCAUCAUCACUCCUCACAUUGGAACCGCCACAGUCCAAGCCCUCCGUAUGAUGGCAGAAGAAGCAAUAGCAAAUAUUCUGGCUGUUCUUAAUGGCCAGCCUGUGCCAAGUGAAGUGUUCCCCAAAUGA